CCAGAUGACUUGGAGUUGGAGACUGCUGUUUUAAAAAAAAUAAGGUUAGAUUCCAAAUAAAUAGAAAUUAGAUUUUUAAAAUUAAUGAAUAAUGAGUCGAAACAGAGAACUCGUAUCUAAUAUUGGACUUCGACUAGAUGGUAGGAGACCUAAUGAACUGAGAAGGAUACGUUGUAAAUUAGGCGUAUUUCCUGAACCUGAUGGAAGUGCUUACAUUGAACAAGGUCUCACCAAAGUCCUAGCUUCGGUUUAUGGACCUCACCAGGUUCGUGGAGGCAGAUCGAAGGCCCAACAUGAUGCGGCAGUCAUCAAUUGUCAGUUUAGUAUGGCCGUAUUUUCCACAGGAGAGAGAAAAAGAAGACCCAGAGGGGAUAGGAAAUCUACAGAAAUGUCCAUUCAUUUGAGACAGGCGUUAGUUGCGGCAAUUAAAAUCGAAUUAUAUCCAUGGUCUCAAAUCGACGUCUACGUUGAAGUUCUCCACGCAGACGGAGGAAUAUACCCUGCAUGUGUAAACGCAGCCACACUAGCUUUGGUUGAUGCGGGCAUCCCCUUGAAGGAGUAUGUAGUUGCUUGCACAGCGUCUUUAGCAAACAAAGAUAUAUCAAUGAUUGAUAUUUCGCAUCAAGAAGAAUUGAUGGGAGGACCUACUCUAACCCUUGCUGCUUUACCAAUAUCGGGAAAAAUUGUUUUGUUAGAGAUGUCCAAAAGAUUCCACGUUGAUGAUUUGCAGAAAGUGAUUGAUAAAGCUCUGGAGGGAUGUAGAGAUAUCAAAAAUAUUCUAGAUGAAGCUGUUAGGAAUAAUCUUCGACAUACUGGAAGCUCAACAGGUUGGAUUUUGACAUGAAUGUUUUUUAGGUUAUGUAACUGAAUAAAACGUAGACUGAUAAAUUCAUUAUUGGUCUAUGGAAUAAAGUGUAUUUUAAAUAUCUAAAUAAAGUUUAUUUUGUAUAAA